CAGCCGAAACCAAAAACAAGUGCGAGAAAAAAACCGAAAAGCAGGAAGUGUUUUGGCCCUUUCCGACCUCCUUCUCAGUAGCCGUGCCGUGACGUCACGCGGCUCCAGGUGAGGAGAAGGGGCGAGCACGUGACCAAAUAUGGGCGGAGGAGGCGCGCAGGUGGACUUGCUGCGGAGUGUCCCUCCGCGGGACGCGUAGCUCGCGAUCACUCGCUGGAGACACAGGUCCUGAGGAGGCUGCGGGAGGACGAGUAGUAGCCGAAACCAUGGCAACCCACCCGAGGGCACAAAGGCCUCCUAACGGCCAGCUGAUCUCAGUUCCUCACAAGGACACGCUCCGUCUGCUGGAGGUCUACGUCAAGCGCAGCCUCAGCCUCAAUGACGGGGCACUGGCCGACAAGAGGCCGGGGGGGAAAGAAAAGUGGGUGACCAUGCCGAGGAAGCUGAGGCGACACUCCAGCGACCCGUCACUCCGCUUGGCCGAUGGACCCGAGCAGGAAAUCGGUCCGUAUUCCGCAGCCGAUCCGGCCCCGGAGCGGCCUCAGACUUGUCCGGAGGAACCACCGAAACCAAUGAAGAAACCAAAGAAGAACAAGAAGCCGUCCCUGUGGAAAAGCUUCCUGGGGAUUUUCUCCCGGAAGUCCGGCGAGGAGAAGGACGAGGCGGCGGACGGCGCUCCGGAGGUAGCCGAGGCGGCGGCCUCUGACGACGCGACCACCUGCCUGCCCUCGAUUCAAGUCUCUUCACAGAAGAAGAAGUCCUCGAGGAGUAAAUCCCUCAGAAGAAGGUUCUCCAAAAGGCGAUCUCUGACGAAAUGGGACAAACCGACGAAAGAGGUCAACCACGCUGACAUCACUCGAGUUGAAGCUGUGGAAUCGACGUAUCACUACUACGAGACGGUGUCAGAGGAGCUGGAGAAAAUUCUCCACGAGGUUCAGGAAAAAGAGGAAGUGGUACCGCUCUCAGAUGGGGAAGUGAUUGACAGGAUCAUUGCGUUGACAAAGGAGGAGGGUGAUGCCAUAGAUUGCAAGCUGAGAGACAACCCCACCCUGAGCAACUUCUUCAAAGGGAUGUCCUACUCCUCCUUCCAGAAGUUGGCCGAUGCCUACCUGGAGACGGAGGCGACGCCGACCCACAAUCCCCCCACCGUCCUGCCGACGGCCCCCGAGCUGGUCAAGCUGGCCUUCACGCUGGACUUUACGGCCCGGAUAGCCGGGCUCUCCAAACAGAACGUAGGACACAUCACGGGCCUGGGGAACCGCUAUCUGCACGACCGCUUUGAGUACCAACAGGCGUGUUCUGGCCAUCCGGGGUCGGACAGCGAGGACUGAGAGGCCUCAACCCGUCUCUGCACCACAGAUGUGGUUCAGGAUGUUUUGCAAUAAGUUUCUCACAAGCAAACACUCGUUUUUAGCCUGCGUUCGUUUUCAUGAUCACUUGCCAUUUCCUGUUUUGUUUGCUUUUGUGAGAAAAAAAAAAGCACGUUGAACGGCUUUGUUCGAUUUAUAUGUUUAUUUUUCAAAGGGUUGACUGGACAAUCAACUUAUUAUAUUUAAGAAAAGCGGAUUCUACCAUUUUAAAUGAAGAUAUUCUGCACUUAUUUAAUUAUAUUUGUUCUUCCCAUUGAUUUGUAGUGAUACAAACCAGUGACCUUUGUAUAUAAGAUAGAUACCUUUUGUAUAAUAUUUGUUUACAGAUUUUAAUAUAAGCCAAACUUUGUUUAAUAGAAGCUCCCCUGAAAUGUGACAUCCAAAUUGUGUUGUGUUGAAUGCUGGCAUUCAUAUAACGUACACAAAAUAAAUAUGUUUAAUUUAAUGCUUA